AUGGCUACCAACACCACCACCAAGCCCAAAAAACCACUCCUCAACCUCCACUCCAACCUUGCUAUCACCCUCUUCUUCAUCGUCGUCUUCACCGUCCCGGCCCUCCUCCUCCUCCACACCCCGUCCGUCUACAUCUCCGCCACCGAUCACCGCCCUUGGUCCGGGGACCUCCGGCUAGCCGAGUUCGCGUGGAACAAGCUCGACCUCGAAUCCCCCGGCCCACGGGUCACCCUCCGGAUCGCCGUCUUUUCUCGGAAGUGGCCCACCGCCGCCAAUCCUGGCGGCAUGGAGCGACACGCCUACACACUCCACACCGCCCUCUCUCGACGCGGCCACCGAGUCCACGUCUUCACGUCCCCUACGGCUGGCCGAGCCUCCACGCCGGACACACAACAACAGAGAGCGCAAUCGUCGCCUGUCGUGCACUGGCACGAGGGCGAGCCUGACAAGUGGCGCUACAACAAAGCAUGGGAACAAUUCGUAGAAGAAAACCGACGAGAACCAUUCGACGUGAUCCACUCGGAGAGCGUAGCCCUCCCCUUCUUUCUGGCCCGCGGGCUCCCGAACCUAGUCGUGUCUUGGCACGGGAUCGCGCUCGAGAGCGUCCAAUCGAGCAUCUACCAAGACUUGGCCCGAAAGCCCGACGAGCCCAUGUCCCCUGCUUUCAAUGCCAGCCUUCAGGGGAUGAUCCCGAAAGUCCUCAACGAAAUUCGCUUCUUCCCGAGCUACGCGCACCACGUGGCGAUCAGCGACAGCUGCGGAGAAAUGCUACGCGACGUGUACCAAAUCCCGACAGGCCGAGUCCACGUCAUCAUCAACGGAGUGGACAAACAGGGGCCCGACGUGUACUUGAUUGUGGCUGGGUCCGGGCCGUGGCAAAAUAGGUAUAAAGAGCUGGGCCCGCAGGUUAUAGUCACGGGCUCAAUGGGCCCAGAUGGGCUUAAGGGGUUUUACAACGCAAUCGAUGUGUUUGUGAACCCGACUUUGAGGCCGCAAGGGCUCGACUUGACGUUGAUGGAGGCGAUGAUGAGCGGGAAGCCCGUGAUGGCGUCGAGAUUUCCGAGCAUUAAAGGGACGAUUUUGGUGAAGGAUGAGUUCGGUUUUAUGUUUGCUCCGAACGUGGGGUCGUUGGGGGAGGCGCUGGCGGCGGCGGUGGCGGAAGGGGCCGGGCGGCUGGCGGAGAGGGGGAAGGCGUGCCGGGAGUACGCGAGCUCGAUGUUUACGGCGUGGAAAAUGGCGCUGGCUUAUGAGAGGCUGUUUCUCUGUAUCAAGAAUGAGACGUUUUGUAUGUACCAUUCAAGUUAG